GUGAUUCACUUCGUCGCAAGCACAGGCACAUCUUUGGGCUAUCGGAGAAUCAUGUCGACGGUCCAAGUGCCGCCGACGCGCAUGAACUUGACGACGUACAAGGCGAAGCGUGUUGCAGCGAAGAAAGGGUUUGAGCUGUUGAAGAAGAAGGCGGACGCUUUGAAGAUGCGAUUCCAAGCCAUGUUGCGCGAAAUUCAAAAGACCAAGUUGGCGAUGUCGCAAGAAGCGUCCGAUGCGUUCUUUUCGCUGUCCCAGGCGCAGUAUGCCGCGGGAGACUUUCGACACAAAGUGAUUGAAAGCGUGACGUCAGCCGAGAUUCGCCUGGAAAACCGCAUUGAUAACGUGGCUGGGGUCAAGCUGCCCGUGUUCACGGAGAUCGAGUCAAGCCGAGACAAGGCUGAAAACAUUGGGCUCACGGGCGGUGGGGGCAAGAUUCAGAACUGCCGAGAGAAGUUUCGCGUGUUGCUCAAGGCGUUGGUGAAGCUCGCGUCGCUCCAGACGUCGUUCGUGACGUUGGACGAAGCGCUCAAGGUGACGAACCGCCGCGUGAAUGCGCUGGACAAUGUCACGAUUCCACGUAUCGACAAGAUCAUCGAUUACAUUGUUCGCGAGUUGGACGAGCUCGAACGCGAAGAUUUCGUUCGCAUCAAGAAGGUCCAAGCGAACAAAAUUGAAUUUGCCAAGGAAGAAGCGGCCAAGCUCGACGCGUUGGUUGCGGCCGGCGCCGUCAAACCACCGGCCAAGCAUGUCUUGCCGUCCGACGAAGACAUCUUGGCGGCGUUUGAGCCGACGGCAGACGCCGAUGUAGUGUUUUAAACGUCCCACUUGAAUGGACCAACUCGUUCAAUACAUCCACAAGGAAACGGGAGCACUGUCGCGGCAUUAUAAGUUACUUGUCCU